GCGGAAAGAAUGCAUUCACAGUUCAAGCUCAAGACGAAGUCAGUGAGAAAACAACGCCUCGAGAAGAGAACAAUUUGAAGGUAAAAAUUUAAUUGUAGCAACGACUACAGGAUUGCAUGGACGACUAGCGAAUCACACUUAAGAUUAAGUUCAAAUAGGAGCUUGUCAUUAUUACAUAAGUGCCUGUUUAAUUGGUUUAAAAUGAGAGGGGAAUUAUUUUCUACAUCACUGGUUUGUAAGCCGGGUAGACGUUUUGGUUUACCGAAGUUAAAGCUUUUCAUGGAGCCACUGACUGUGUAGGAAAUGUCGAUAUACAUCGUGAUAACAGGUUUAAUUAAUUAAAGGGUAAUACAAUUUUCUAUCAUGGUUAUCUGAUUAUGGCACCGAUUUUCGUUCCUAUUUGUCAUAUAACUACCCUGGUUACCAGAGGUUCUCGUAUCUUAAGGCGAAAGAUACGAGAACCUCUGGCAACCAGGGUUUCACAUAACAUACAACAGGACUGCAAAAAUUGACUAUCUUUCAUUUUUAUAAUGUCGAAACCUGCUUAUAGAUUUAACGGUUUUCAAAACCCUCUUCCGUCCGUUAAGACAUUUCAACGAUCUAACAUGACGUUUCCGUCGAGAGGUGCAUGUUUCGUGACGAUCCUGGCAUUUCUUGCAACUAUUACGUGCGUGCUAAACCAACUUCCGUGCUGCCCACUCAUUGCAUCUUACAACUUUAAACAGUUGUUUAGCGUAUGUAUAGUCUAUAGAUAACCUUAUGAGCCCGUGUUCCACUAUAGAGGAAUUUGUUCGCGCGAAGAGAGUUUUUCAUUUGUCGAUAUCACUUUUGCUGACGUGUUAAGCGAUGCCGACAAAGGACAAAGUCGCAAACAGGCUUUAGCCUAACUGUCGGAUUCUCGUAAGUUUAAAUUCCAAACUACCGGUUCUUAGCGAAGGUAGUGGUGUUGAAAUACUGUCCUUUGUAGUAGAAUUUACCCCCAAUAUAUCGUAUAUUACAAACGUCGAGUUUUAAAUGUCUUGCCGAGCAUCACGAACAAUUAUGUGACACAUUAUUAAAGACACUUUUAGAUAAUCCUUCACACAAAUUUCAUGAUUUGUUGCCAGAACGAUAUCAAUUAUGCUAUACACAGUCUUAUUAGGAAUGAACAUUUGAGUCUAUGCAUUAAAUAAUCUAUUGCAUUAACAUUUCUAUGGCGUAAAUUUACAUGUAGUCAUGAUCAAAUGCGUUUUACAUCAAGUAUUAUACGCUUAUCUAAUUACAUACUUAGCCCUUAAACAUAGUUAAUAUACUAUGACCUAGCCUAUUAUUAUAUUUACAACAAUUGUGAUAUUACUUUCACAACUAUGUUUACGUUGUCAACUUUCCCUGUGGGAGGAAACCGGAGCACCCGGAGAAAACCCACGACUUUCGACAGAGUGUUUGUUGACUGACUCUUCACACGAGAGAAUCGAACUCACGAUCUCAGAAGUCGAAGAUGCUUGUUCUACGACUGCGUCAGUGCGUCACCGAAGCCCCUUUCUAUGUCCUAAUGUCCUAUUUUACUGCAAGAUACGUAAUUCAGUCUAGUGGCUGCAAAUAUGCUAUUAAAUAAUCUAUCAAUCCUAGAGAUUAUCACUAUUAUAAACAAGUGGGAACAAUAAUAUAUGUACAUAAACCUCUCAAAGUAUGUCAACACUAUCGUUAAUGUGUAUUUUCAUGUCUGAACGUGUACAGCAUGUGGGUCGCGACAAUUUCCUGCUCAGACGUUUGUGUACUUUCCUAAAAGUCUGAUUUACACUACACAAAUUUUGUCUAAAACUGUCGUAUGCAACCUGCUUACAAUUUGAGUUGUACUGUGUAAAUCAAGCACACAACUUGCCUAUACGUUGGUCUAUUGAUUUACACAGUACAACCAAAGUUGUCAGCAGGUAGCAUAUACGCCAGUUAAAUGCACACAUGUGUAGUGUAAGUAGUGUACAAGCGAUAUAAUAUCGAAAUUUACCAUCCAGGCCUAGCCAAGGGGGUUACCAGAAUACCAAUAUACUCAAUAAUACUGGCUCGAUAUACCAAUAGGACCAGUAGACCUCAAAUUCCAGGCUCGGUCAGUGUGCCCGAGCAUCAAUCUUGGGUAAAUAUACGAUACUUUAUACCAGAGUUUUGAGUAUCUUUACUCGAUAUAACUAAUAUUAAUAUAGAAGGGUUUUGUAUAGAUGGAAAUAUGAGUGUGAAUUUUAUACAUUUAUUAGGAGGAAUUAUAGCCCCACCCUAGUAGCCCCUCUGGCAGGAAUGGAUGAAACUAUAGGCCCAGCACGUCAUGGAACACAUAACAAUAGGGGGUAUUGAUGUCAUAAUGAUCGGAACAACGUAUGCUUUUCACCUCGUGACUGGAUCUAACCGCAGGGUUUAAUCGGUUUAAUAAAGUAUGCAUGCUUGCAGUUUCGAAUAAUUUUUUUUCCUUCAUCGCAUGUGAGGAACUUUUAGUUAAUUAAAGACAUGCGUGUAAAAAACAUCACACAAUGAAUAAAUCGUUCUUAAGUGGCUACUAACGGUUAGUAGUAGAGUACCUACUCGAAGGUUGAAAGUUCAAAGAAAAAUGGGAAACAAAAUGGGUGAAAAUCGUCCUCAAAAAACGAAACUCUGAAACGAGCUAGAAGCUAACAAGAACUUCAGAAUAAUUGACACCUACACUAAAUCGUUCUCAAAGUAGCUAUAAAAGGUUACAAAGGUACUCCAAGGUGAGGCAAGGUUGAAAAUUUAAAAAAAAAUGGAAACCAAAAUGGGUCAAUAAGGACAUCAGAAUAGUUGACACCUACACAAAUCGUUCUUAAAGUAGUAGCUAUAAACGGUUAGAAAGGUACUCCAAGGUUAAAAUUUAAAAAAAGAUAAACAAAAUAUGCAAAACUCGUCGUCAAAAACAAGCUACAAGCUAAUAAGGACAGAAUAAGUUACUCCCACACUAAAUCGUUCCUAAAGAAGCUAUUAACGGUGAAAAAGGUACUCCAAGGUUGAAAUUUAAAAAAAAAAUGGGAAACAAAAUAUGCAAAAAUCAUCCUCAAAAACGAUAACACUGAAACGAACUACAAGCUAACAAGGGCACCAGAAUAAUCGACACCUACACAGGUUACACAAGUAUAAUAGUUCCCUUUAUGAUAAACCCUUUUAGAUUUGUUUAAUUAAAGAGGAAAAUUUUUCUUUCAAUAUUUUCAAACUAUUUAAUUAAUUCGCUCUAUGAGGUUAGGAAUUUGCGGCCACCAAGGUGAUAGAAAAUGUAUUGUCGGUAUUUCAUGUCAGAGUUCUAGAAAUGAAUAACUUCCUAAGUUAUUUACGCUGGGUAGGUCUAUCAGUCCCAGAGUUUCUUCCUGAAGCGGGACAAGUAAGAACCAUACAGAGUAUUCAACGACAAAACGUGCGGUGUUGAGUCGAACUUAGACCUACAUGCGAGUGAAGCGAAACUAAAAUAGCAGAUAGUUGAAUAGAACCACGGUCACAGACACGAAAGGCACAUAUACACUUAAGCUAUGUUUACAUCGCACAACCAUCUAUCGGGACGAUUUCAGGUUUUGCCGAAUGUUAAUGACGAAUGUUGUCAGUUGACGAUGUCGUCAGACGACGUUGACAGUGUAUUUUUCAAAUAUCAUAUAAAGUUAAAUCGGCCCGAUUAAUCGUUGUUGAUGUAAACGUACCUUAAUGCUGUGACAUCCAUCAACACCACUUGGUUAACUGCAUUCCCUUCAGCUGUGACAUGAAAUUAAACUACUUAAUUGUUUGUCAUUUCGGCUAGACUAAGUACAUAAAGAACUUUUACAAACGGCUGUCAAAAUAUUUGUCCUGCAUGUUGGGUGAGGCUUGAGUUUCGAAGUCUGGUUAAUAACAUAUGCUGGUACAAAAUUACAUUUUUCGUCAACGUUGAAUGCAUUGUAUUCAAUGACUCAAUCUUAGGAUUCAAUUAUCCAUUCUUAGGAUUCAAUGUUUCUAUCUUAUGAUUCAAUGAUUCAUUCUUAGGAUUCAAUGAUUCAUUCUUAGGAUUCAAUGAUUCAUUCUUAGGAUUCAAUGAUUCAUUCUUAGGAUUCAAUGAUUCAAUCUUACGAUUCAAUGAUUCAAACUUACGCCGGAUUCAAUGAUUCAAUCUUACGAUUCAAUGAAUCCGUUCUUAGGAUUCAAUGAUUCAAUCUUAGGAUUCAGUGAUUCAAUCUUGGGAUUCAAUGAUUCAAUCUUACGAUUCAAUGAUUCAUUCUUAGGAUUCAAUUAUUCAAUCUUGGGAUUCAAUCAUUCACUCUUAGGAUUCAAUGAUUCAUUCUUAGGAUUCAAUUAUUCAAUCUUGGGAUUCAAUCAUUCACUCUUAGGAUUCAAUGAUUCAUUCUUAGGAUUCAAUGAUACAAUCUUAGGAUUCAAUGAUACAAUCUUAGGAUUCAAUUAUCCAUUCCAGGGAUUCAAUAAUUAUUAAUUAGUCAUUCGUAGGAUUUAAUGAUUCAACGAUUCGAUCUUAUGAUUCAGUUAUUCAUUUUUAGAAUUCAACGAUUUGUAUUACUUAUAAAAUCUUUGCUAUAUUUGAGGAAUUUUACGUAUAUAUAAGCAGCUAAUAUGAACAAGUAUACACAUCAAUAUCUGCAAAAGUCCAUAAUAAAAAUAGUAAAAGGGCCCAGUCACAAAUAUAGGUAAAGUACAUAAUACUGUAACAUAAAUCUAUUGACUUGUUUCGCAUUAUAUAUGUAUCAUUCUUUCUUCGCUUGUCAACAACACCAAAACACAAGCUAGUUGUCCAGGUAACACUUAGUUUAUCGGUCAGAUUCGCUUGGUUACUGCAAGACAAUCUGCGUACAAUCAAGGUUAACUAAAGCAUCAAGCUCAUCAAUUUUACUGAGGCCAAAAUAAUUUGUACUUCAAACCACAUAACAACGCUACACAUGUUUAUAGUACAAGCUAGAUUUUAAAUAUUUAUAACACCUGUCUUUGAAAUGUUAAAUAAAAUAUUUCACUACUCCUGGUUUAAAGUGCCAUUAACCCCAAAUAUAAAGUUUUGCAUGUGUCAUUCUAAAAGCAAUAUAUCCGCUUUGUAGUAAAAAAACUUCAUCUCCAUCAAAACUGCCAAAGUUGUCGGAUGUGACGUCGUUAGAUGAAUUGCAAAUUAGUUUGCCUUCUUUGCUACAAACGGCAAACGACAUGAUAUCCAACGAUUUCUACAAUGCAAAUAUGAAACUUUUUGCUACAAAGAUAUAUCACAUUUGUUUUAAGAAUGACCCAAAUAUUAUACGAAAAAUCGUAUUUGGGGUUCACAUAAAUGGAUGUAAAACACCGUGUUGUAUAGCUUGAAUCAAAGUCUAAAAUUAUUAGGUGCGGACUUACGGAUCAGAACGUUUUGCAACAAUAACUAUACGUUGUUUUUACACGUGAACCAAAACAAAUUAAACGAAUGUAAGUUAACUGAGAUAGUCUGGUUUAAGUAAAAGAAUUUAAUCCAAAACAAAUUACAUUUUAUUUAUACUAUACGAGAUACAAGUCGAAGGAUCGCAGUAUAAUUGAGUUUAUUUUGAAGAAGGUCAACGAAUGUUUUCUAUAUUCAACCGAUGCUUUAUUUACAUUUAACUGACAAACACUGCUUUUCAAGUUCACAUUAUGUGUUAAAUGACUCGUAAUAAUAACAAUUAGGGAAAUUGAUUUUCAAAAAUCAGUGAUGGAUUUUACAAGCCAUAAAACAAGUUAUGUUUAUGUUCACGACAUCAUAAUAACAAAUUUUAUUAUGCAUGACUGAUAAUUGCUUUUACUAAAACAAGAAAAUGUUCUCAUGCAAUCACCAAAUUUGAAAAAAAUACUGAGUAUUAAUUCCGUCUCGUUUUCCAAGAAGAUAUCAUCUCGUUUAAUAUUGGCAUCAUUUUCCAAGAAAACGCAUUACAGUACAGAGUGUACACGUUAGAAUAUUCUGGAUUAAGCUAUGACGGAAAAGACUCAUAAUUAUAUAAGUUCAACAGAUAAAUCACUCUUAAUCCAAGAGGUGACUUUCAUUUUCCACUAGCUGGAAAAGAUUGAAAAAUCUUCCUCUGGUGUUUUCUUAUAAUCUCUUCCGCAGUAGCUUAAUUCCAAAAGGCCUGCAAAUGUGAUUUCUAGUUUGCUGUUUGGCCAGUUGUUCAAAACCCGGUUAGCUUAAUCCUAGGUUAAUGAAAAAUUUCAGAGCAAUCUUCCCAACAACUUGGAAGUAUUGACUUGGAAAUAUUUUUCCAGAAAUAUCUUGUCUGGAUCAAUAGAAGUUUUAUUUUGUAAAGUUUUGAAAGAACUAACCGCAGAGAUGCCGGAAAUACACAAACCAAACGGCAAAUUAGACCCAAGGUUAUAGCACUAAUCCUGCUUUGAACAACUGGCCCGCCCUGGCUAUUAAGUUACGACUGUGUAUGUUGCAAAAAGAUUACGAAACCGAAACUCGUAGGCAGAAAGUUAGCAAAAACACCGCGGCCGAUGUUUACAAGUGCUCUGUUUUCUGUGCCGGUUUUUAGUAAAACGAUGAAAUUACUUUAAAAAGCCGAAACACUCUUUGAGGUGACCUCCAUUUGCCACUAGCUGGAAAAGAUUAAAAAGUUUUCCACCGGCGUCCCCUUAAUCAUUUCCGCGGCAACUUGAUUCCAAGUAUUCUGUACUGUAAUAAUUAAUGCGCUUUCCACUCUAACAAUGUCAUUAAUUUAUCAGACAAAAUGCUCUUAAUCUAUUAGGUGACCUCUCAGUGUUUUUUGUUGUUGAAAUUAUACUUGGAAAAAUGAUUUAAAAACUUCCACCGGGAUUUGCUUAAUCUUUUCCCUUGUAGUUCAAUCCAAAUUACUCUGUAUCUGAUCGUAAUUUUUAUACAAGCCGUAUUUUAAAUCAAAACUUUGCCGAUCCUGAUAGGAGCGAGUUUGCCUAUUACGCUGAUAAUAUAUAGUACAUAAAAUAUUAUUCCAAAAAUGUUCGAUGUUUGUUGGACCACAAAUGUUGGACGAUGAACGAGCCUAAAUUAAGGGGCAAAUUAAUUACCUUUUCAUGUAGUUUAACACUAAACAGAAGUAUUUAAGGGCGUGUAAUCUGUGAAGACUAAAGUCAAGAGGAUUAAAAUAUAUAACGGAAUGCGGCAUGCCUUGAAGUUCAAAUCAUUGAAAUUAAAGUUUGUGAAAAAAUCCUCUUCAAAUUAUCUUAGUUAGAAGCAACAGAGUAAAAACCCGUAUAGCAAUUUUUCAUCUACUUAAUUUAUGCCAACAUUAAUUCAUUCUUGUAAUGAAGGUACUGCAUUCGAAACGUGGAAAAAUUUCAUCCUUUUCUGGCGGACCAGUUCAAGCAUGUACGUUUUUGUAAAUCAAACAUGAGAGAGACCGACGCUUUAAUUUUUACAACAGACUAUAUACCUGCUGUGCCCCACAAAUUUCUAAACACUAAAUCAAUAUUUCAAUGGCUAUUGAGAAAAUUACGCAACUAUAUUACUAGUCUAAUGUAAUUCAGAUGUUUUCAUUAAAAAACUCAUUGCAUUAAGGCGUUCGCCCACGUUCGGAGUGAAAAAUGUUCGUGCCUAGAACAGGUUAUUUGCAAAUUCUGUGGCAAGCUGACAUAAUUAGUGCAUUAAGCAUGGUUUACAUGCAAAUGUAAAGUGUAAUCCCCACGGAAACAGGCCGUUUGUAAACAGUAUUUGAGGACAUAAAAGCGACAGAGCUGAAAUUGUAUAUAGCCUUUCAUUCCUCAACCCACGGUCGGUGAAAUUUAUUUCAGGUUUUGUUUCACUUCCUCAGUCAGAGUAAGUCGUUUCGUUGCGGAAACACUUGACUCCACGCCUUCUGUGAUUGGUCCAUACGUGUGAGUGGGCACUGACAAUUUCUUAUAUAUAUUUAGACACUCGUGGCUAAAGAAGCUAAGAUACACAUACAGAGCAAAGAAGGAACAUCGAGAAACUGAAGAGUACAAGUCAAAGUAACAAACCAGCACAAAGUUCAAGAAAUAUGAAUUCCGUUGAAAGAGCAGUGUUUCUAGUUCUACUAUCAGUUAUUGCUUUCAGCGAAGCUCAGGGACAAGGUAUGUGUCUUAAUUGUGUUUGUCCAGGGUUUUGACUCGUAAAUAUAUACAUGGAGUACAUACAGUGUAAGGCCAGGAUAGAUCGAAGUAAAUAUAUACGAUUCAUAGGAAACACACUUGCUCAAUUGAUUCUUAUCACUGAUGCAGUUUUACUGAGUUUCACCGAGUUCAUCUGUGGAAGGGUAACGCAGUGAAGCCACCUUAUCAUACAUUAAUACCUAGCAACCAAUAUGACAGAAUCGGUUGAGAGUAUACGAUAAAUUCAGUAGUUCUAAGUGUAGUCUGAUUCUGAUUUUACACUACCAUGUCAUGUUACGGUAAAAUCAUACGAACUCAUGUUACGAAUGGCUAUAACCAGGAUCAAGGAGUGAGUUUAUUGAGUAAACAAACAAGUGUCUGUUCAAAUUUUACUACGCACCAGAGUUCGGGGUGAUUCUUGACCAGCCUCUAUAUAAAUACUGGGUAAAAAUAGAGCCUACUAUAAAAUGUUAAUGAUAUCUGCCAUCUUGGCUUCCGUUGCCCAUGGUAAAGGAUGUACAUGAACAUGUACAGCCAUGUCUAUAUACCAAAUACAGUAAUAUGCAACGCUUAAUGCACAUUGAAAUUUAUUCAUGGCAGUUGCGUGUGUGGCGAACAGCGGGAAUCUGGAGUAAAUUGGAGUAAUUAAAUAGAGCAAGCUGGCCAAUAUAUAGCGAGAAUCAUGGACAAUAUUUUAGCAGUGAUAUUGUGGAUUCAGUUCAAUAAUUAUUAACUUCCUGGAGGGAACCUUCGCUCAAAAUAUCAAAUAACAAAUCCUUUCUAGAACACUGUAGUUUACUACCUACACAGACCCCCACGUGCGAGAUACCACCAUUUAAUUUCAAUACUUAAAAAUCGCCUAGUGGGGUAUUGGUAAUGGUAAAAGACCGCAAGAAGCAUUCCAUCGCUCGACUCGUGACUUGAAUUGCUUUUAAUGAAUUUGUAAACAUUUCUUAUGUCCGCUCUUAUUUCCGGAGAUUAGCCAGCAUUCCGCUCCAUACUUCCCACAACUUCAAGACGUUUUACGCACUUCCUUGCUUUCUGUCCUUUCUCUCAGUUCCAGCACACGUAAUAUUGAAUCCGGUUCCCUUUAUAUCACUGUCUUCUACUUGUAGAAAUUUGAUUAGGCGCGUAUAUUUAAUAUUCGUGUUAGAUUUCAAUCUUUCAUCUAUAAAUAUCUUGAGUUGUUUUGGAUUUGCAUGAGUGUGCGAGGAUUGGUAUUGUCUGUUAACUUCCAGACUUAGGGCCUUCCAAUAUUUUUCAGAUAGUUCAAUUCUGAAAUUUCUGAUCCUCAACCAAAUACACACAGGCAUACACUACAACUAAAGUGUACAUAAACGCCCAAACCAAACACGGAUUUCAUAGGAGAGAAACACAAAGAUAAAAUAAGGAGAUAUAAAAAUUCUUCAUUUUUUUUUGAAAGCGUGCUUACGCCAAAAGGCUGCCGACACUUGAGGUCCCCGACCGUGCCCCGACGUCUUCGGAUGUUUUAAUGCUUUCCGGUUCCUUCGUGACGAGGACUGUUGAUUUUGCAAGCAGAUAGUUUAUCAUUUGGUUUUGGUCUUGUGAUUUUAAGCAAUUAACCUACUACUGGGCAAGCUAUUUCUCAACUCAUGCUGAGAGUUGUGAAUGAAGCAGUUUAAAUAUCUUAACUCAAUUACCAUAACAAUUUACUGAUCUUCAAAAUAAACAAACUAUAAGCUGUGGAUUUAAUACGAUAGUCUUAAACAUACAACACAGAAGAAUCCUUCAAAUCUCCAGUCAUUGUGGUGGUAACAUGCUUCAUCUCUGGCUAUUUCGUACGUUAUUUAUUUCCAGAAGCCCCCCCAUCCACCCAUCCACUCACCCGAAACGUCCGCUACAGUUUUGUGGCAAACAACCAUGUUCGUUUACUUGGUAAAGCAUGCGAUCAGUGAGCCCAGAUCUUCAUCAGUGCAAAUAAUAUAACUAACAUAACUAUUCGAACGUAAUUAUACCAUUUAGAACGUGAAUUAGUUGCUACAAUCGAAGCUACAAUUUGAUUAACUAAAUGUACGCAACAGCCACGGGGGUACACCAUGCCGACCACAGGACGUAAAUGUAGCAAGCGUAACUAAUUGCAAUUACUACCAUUACGUACAUGAAUUCCAGUAGUUUGUUAUCCCUGAAAAGACUUUGCUCUACUGUACUUAAAAUGCACACGACGUGACGUUUAAUAAAACGUAGAAACGCUACAGGCAAAUUCCGAUGACGUUCGAAGACCGAGUGCCCAUGAUCGAGUGACCAGUAUCCUACAGGAAAUGCCCAAUAGCUUGUGGUGCCCAAAGCAAGUUAGACAUCGCUUGAUAUUCGCCACGUAAGUCCGUUAGUCUGUUCGGAAUAAUAAACCUUGGUAUUUAUUCAAACAUCUACAUUUAAUUAAGUUGGUUUUUACCGAAAAAUCGAAAGAUUAUCACACCAACACAUGUACAGUAUGUCUUAAUUCGCGCUUGUGAUUCACUUGGUACUUAUACAUGAACUUAUAGCUUGUGGUGAGAGCAGAACAACUGUGUGUGCACCGCAAUUGCAGGACCGCAUGUUCGAGGGCCUAUUAUAUGGUUAGAUCUAAUAAAUGUAUAAAAAUUCUACUUGAAAUUCCCAACUACAAAUCCCUCCAACAAUGAUGUACGAUACGAACAUCCCUUCGUUCCAAUAUAAUUUGAAUUCAAUUAGCAUUUCAGUGAGUGCAUGGCUUUUAAGAAUGCACUUCCUAGCCAUAGCCAGUGAUCACUGGCCAUAGCCAGUUGUGGUUAUAACUGUCGAACAGAAACAAACUUUCCCUCAACGUCAUGUGGAAAUUAAGGGAAAUCCGGUCUAUUUUAGAUAUUUGCGUCAUACACAACCUUCCGGUGCAGAAGAUAGCAAACACGAUACCACGCAUCGCACCCGUGAUCGCACAUAAUUCUAGUAAUUAUAUGAACACGUCUGGCUAACAUCAACUUUAUGACGAUGCAUCAUCUGCACAGCAUCACGCUGUAUCAAAAUUUGACCUUUUUGAACUACGGAGGUGGAAUAAUAUUCUACACGUCUUCCUGUUUACAAUUAUUAUCAACCGUCAUUUGACUCUUGAAAACAUAUCCUUAUUAAAAAUGUAAAUUUUAAAGCCCUUGUAUACAUUUGCGUGACGAAAAUUUUUAAUUGAAUUAACUCUCUCAUUUUGCGAGGAAACAUAUGAUUAUCAAUCGCCAGAAUACUAGCUUUAUACCAUUUUAUACAAUGAUCAUAUGUCCAACAAUUCAGUUUAAUUUACUUCAUAUUCCUAUGGUUAAUGAAGGAAUUAAAAUAUACGGUUUCCUUCCGCUCUUUACGUUGUUGACCACGUGAACUCAAGAGUUGUUGGAAAGUCGAUUAGCUUAUUAACCACAGCUCAACCCUAAAACUCAAAUCCAACAGCUUGUUCGUAAAUUUGGGAAUGUUUGUUCAGAAAUCUUGUCUGGAUUAGUAGGAGUUCACUUCUUUGAAGUUUUAAAAUAAACAGACGUGCAGAAAUACAUAAACUAAAACAGCAGGUUAAAUUUUAACCAGGGUUAGCACUAAAUCCGCUAUCCAAUUUUGAGCAACCGGCCCCAGGUGAAUUGGUCAAGGACACCCUAAGUAAUCCAUAUUAAAUAAAUUAUUAUCAGAUCAUCAUGAAAUUAAUCAAUAGUUUUCUUCCAUAUUCUUACAGCUAACAAAGCACCACCAGCAAACUGCCAACCAUGGAGAGUACCCGUCGAAGUGGACCCCCCAAAACACAAUAACAGACCGUACUAUGUGGAAAUGCACAGAUGUAUGGGACAGUGUACUAACAUCGCCCUCAUCUCCCCCCUGCAGUGCGAGUGUGUGGCUGCAACGACCCAAGAUAUCACCCUAAACGUCGUUACUCCAUUGGGGUACGAAUCUCAAAUUUUUAAAAACCAUACCAGCUGUAGAAGUCAGUGUAAGGCCAGCUACAAAGAGAGAUGUAUUAAGGAGGGAUAUAACUGGGAUGAACCUACCUGCACCUGUAGUUGCCCGAAACAACUCAGUGGAUCCUGCGCGGCGAAUCAGUUCUGGAACACUGGCUCGUGUCAAUGUGAAUGUAAUAGCGCUCCAUCCACCUGCUCCUCUGGUAUGUCCUGGAACAAGUCAAGCUGUAGUUGCCAAUGCAGUGCCAUGGCCUUCGCCAAGUGCUCCAAAAAUGGCUGGGCCACCAGUUUGAGGACAUGCCGAUGUAUUAGACCACAACCAAAAGCUGCACAAGUUGAAAAAAGUCAAAGUAAGUCUCGGGUGAUGAAUUGGGCGAGUUUCGGUCAGUGGGGAACGACAAUCGCCCAACCCAAUAAUUUCGGUAGGGGUAACCGUCCAACCCGUUAAUUUCAGCAGGGGUAACUGCCCAACCCAAUAAUAAGGCUCAUUUUCACAAUUUUGCGCAGAAAGAAAAUUUUGUAAAAUGUGAUUGGCCAACACAAAUUUUCCGUCGAAAAAAAUUUAAAAUUAAAAAUUUUAAACUUUUAAUUAACAAUAAUAUUUUAGGAAAAUUUUCCGUCCAUGGCAACUUUUCUUGAGUGGAGGAAAUGGGCCUUAAGAGUCACGCAUGCAAGACGGUGACGUCAGGACGACGGCUAAACAAACUGUUUGAACUGAUAAAUUAUUGUAUGAAAAUCUUGUCUUGCAUUUACUUUUGUAUGAAUUUAAAAUAGUUUCGAACGACGGUACAACAGAGCUUUAACCUUCAGAACAAUUUUGAUCAACUCUGCUAGAAAAACUACCUGUCACGGCUUGAAAUCAGCUAGCGUACUAUACAGGGCGUGAAAAUAUGCAUUUUGCCGUUGUCAACAAAGCUUGGAUGACGUCUAAAACUUAACUUUGUAAGAAAGAUUGGUUGAAUGUCACUCAAAUAACUCACUUCAUUCUAUUUAUCACAGGCAGUGAAAGCGAGACAAAAUUAGUUGUAUCAUUGGUCGUCAUUGGUCUGCUACUCGGAACACUAUUUGUCAUUGACCUCGUUUUGAUGUGGAGUAAAAAGGGAUUUAUGUAUGGACUCAAGACAAAAUGCAGUGAGAAGAAGGGUGACACAGAAUUUAUAAGUAAGUCGCAAUUACAUAUACUUUGACUCAGUCAUUUUGGAAUUUUGCAUUGGUAAAUUUUAAGUUUUGAAGGAUGUGUAAGGAAUGUUUGAGGGGCAACUGACUUGGUGUUUAACAUUGAGUCAAUUCCUUCAUACAAAUCCUUUAAAACUUAGAUUUUACCAAUUCAAAAUUCCUACUGUGUUCACAGAAACUUUGAUAAUGUAAACCGGACUUAAUAAAUAAUACUAUGGCUUAACAUUUACACCCUGGAUGUCUGCUUGUUUUGUCAACUGCAAAUACUAAAACAAUGAUCCUUCCUUCUUUUAGAUGGAACUGAAGCGGAAACGGGCAGUGUGGACAUGAGCAAGAACUGCAAGCACACGAAUCAUUAUACCGAACAACAACCAAUCGCUAUUGUAUGAGAUAGAACCGAAGCUGUUUGAAUGUGGAUUUCAGUCAGCGUUGCAAGACAACAGACGGUGGUCAACUUCGGAGGAACAAGAAAAUUAAACGAAAUCUUUUUCUACAAUGAUAUGAAUCAGUUGCCAGUUGACCACCAUCUGUUGUACAGUCAAGUCAGAGUCAUAGCCACGGGGGGAUGGGGGUCCACUCCCCCCCCCCCAUUUCAGUAAUUCUUCCCAAACUGGAAAGAAACCGGAGGGAGAGACGUAACCUCGUAAUGCUUUCAAAAGCUGUGGCUUUCAGAUUAUCAUAAAACGUCACACACACACACACACACACACACACACACACACACACACACACACACACACACACACACACCACCACCACCACCACCCACCACCAUCACUCGUUUGGGAUUGGCUAUGUCUCUGACAGUAGUUUGUAGCAAGACCCUGUGGCUAUAUGGUCAUUUCUACCAAGGGUUGGUCAGGAAAAUAUCUUUACUUCACUAGAUGUUGAUGUCUCGGUUUAUAAUAAUUAUUCUAGGUAAUCCUGUUAGGAUGUGUAAAUUAUAAUAUUAUAUAUUGAACUAUAUAUAUUUAUCAAGAAUAACUUUAAAUUAUUAUUAAAUAAUGUAAUAUGUUAAAUUAUAAAAAAUUUCAAAUGGUGCUCAGACCAAACGUAUUUACAUGUAGCUUUUCAUAUCAAAUGUGCAAUGCUAAUUCUAACCAUUAAGAAUCUACUGUAGUUAGUCAAUUAUCUUGUAUUUAUUUAAUUAGACACACUUAUGUAAUAAUUGGAACAAUUUAAUGAACAAUUUAAUGAACAAUUUAUGUAAUAAUUGAGAUAAUUAAUUAAUGAUUUCAAAAGAUCAUCAGAAAGUCAUUGUGUAUAGUUAUGAUCAUCAACAGUUCACUAACUUAAUAUUACAUUAGAUGUAAAAUAAUUUAUUUGAUUUAUGUGAUUAAUAUACAAUUGUACGAAAACAAGUUUUUUGAAUAAAAUAGUGUGAAUAUUAAUUCACAUGAAAAUGAAAUAUGCUUCAUUGGAAAUUUUACAUUUUACCAUUCGUGAAUGCAUCGUGUGUAAAUGCAAUCAAAACACACCCUCAAAUUCAUUGGUUUCCACGCAGAUUUUUGUUCAGCCAAU